AUGGAGAACAAGGUGAAUCAAGAAGCUAAGUUGAUGGAAAAAGAGAUAGUAUUGCAGGAAACUGAGGAUGUAGUGAAAGACAAACCGGUUUCAGAUUCAAACCUGAAGGUUACAAAGGAGGAAUCUACAGAAGAGAGGAAAGAUGAAAGUGAAAGUGACGAGAAGAAGGUAGCUGAGCAAGUGGAACUUAAAGAAUCAACCCUUGUUCCAGUGGUUAAUACUGAAGCUGUUGAUGAGGAGAAACCAGAAGAGAAGCAAAUAGUGGAGAGUGUUGUUGAAGAAGACAAUAAAGAUAAGGAGGAGAAAAAGGUGGUUUAUGUUUCAGAUGAAGUUGGAAGCAAACAGGUGGAACCAGUUGAUGUUCAACUUGUUAGAGAAGUACCUUCAGAGACUGUAGAAGACAAUCUUAAAGAUGUUGAGGUUCUUGAAGUCAAGCCAAAGCCAGAGGCUUCUGAAACAGUUGAGACUUCACUUGAGAAAGCAAAGGAAGUGGCACCAGAAGUUGAAGUAGUAAAAGCAGAAGAAACACAUGAAUCAACAGAACAAGCUAGGGUUGAGACUGAAGACGACGUUUCAUCUCCUCCUUAUGUCAUUGAGAAGACCAUUACUGAAGAGAAGCGUGUAGUGGAAGAACCAUCAAAGGAUGAACUAGAGAAAGCAAGUGAAGCCAAAGAUGUCGUAACUAAACUAGCUACAGAAGAUGAGAACAUCACGAAAGACACUGCUACAGAAUCAAGAGAGAAGGAAACUGAAGGAAACAAACAAGAGGAAUCAAUUACAGAGAAAGUAUCAGAGGUUGUUGAAGUGAGCGAUGAGCUGAAACAAGAAGCAGAAGUCACAACCAAAGAAGUUGAUGUUAAGCAAAAACAUUCAAACAGCAUUAUGUCAAAGGUGAAGCAGUCUCUUGUUAAGGCAAAGAAAGCCAUCAUUGGAAAAUCUCCAAGCUCUAAGACUAUCACAACUGAAGAAGCCAAAGAAGAAACCAAAGUCAAGUGA